AUGGUGGCUGCUGUUUCUGAAAACCCCAAAAUCAUAGCUUCAAGAAGACCUCCAUUAUUGUCUUCCGAAAAAGAUGAUUGUAAUGGGGUUUCAAACAAUCCCAGGAGGCCCAAAUCAAGAAUUGUUUCUUCAAGAUACAUGUCCCCUUCAACUUCCACGUCCACUUCAUAUUCCUCCUCAGUUUCCUCAUCUUCCUCUUCUUCUGGAAGGUAUCCCUCUCCUUUAGUUUCAAGAAACUUGACCCCAGUGUCAAGGAUUCCUUCUUUAUGCCCCAAGAGGUCCGUGUGCGCAGACCGGAGGCGGCCCGUGGCUGCCAGGCCUUUAGCACCUGAUCUUGAUUCCAAGCAUGGGAAUUUGACUGAAGUUUCAACAGCCGCUAAGUUGCUGGUCACUUCUACUCGGAGUUUAUCAGUUUCCUUUCAAGGCGAAGCCUUUUCUCUACCCUUUAGUAAGAGUAAGGUUGCCCCGCCUUCACCUAAUUUGAUUAGUGUGAGGAAGGGUACGCCAGAGAGGAGGAGAAGUGGUACUCCAUUGAGAGGAAAGGGUGACAGGGGAGGAGAUCAAGUAGAGAAUUCUAAGAGUAAGGUUGCCCCGCCUGCACCUAAUUUGAGUAGUGUGAGGAAGGGUACUCCGGAGAGGAGUGCUACUCCAUUGAGAGGAAAGGCUGAGAGGGGAGGAGAUCAAGUAGAGAAUUCUAAGAAUGUUGAUCAGCAUAGGUGGCUGACAAAGAACCGGCUGGUGAAUCCAUUGUCGAGGAGUUUGAAUUGUAGCAGCGGUAGUGUAGAGAGGAGUACGCUCAUUGGAUCUGGGAAUGUGGUUCGAGCAUUGCAACAAUCUAUGAUUGAUGAGAGGAGGGCAUCACUUGAUGGCAGGUUGAAUCUUGAUUUGUGCUAUUCAGAUCUUUUAAAGACAGCUCAACAAGUUAUAGAUAGGAAUUUGGCUAAUAACGAGUCAUCUGUACCAUCUGAUCUCACUGCAUCUGAUUCAGACAGUGUCUCUUCUGGUAGUACAUCUGGAGUUCAAGAAAGUGGAGGGGAUUUCCGUGGAAGAAGUGCUCCCCGUGGAAUUGUUAAUUCGGCUAGGUUUUGGCAAGAAACCAAUAGUCGGUUGAGGAGGUUGCAGGAUCCAGGCUCUCCUUUAUCAACAAAUCCCAGUUCAAAACUAAUUGUGCCUCCAAAGUUGAAAAAGUAUGCAAGUGAUGGUCCGUUGUCAUCCCCUAUUCGUGGAGGUAUUAGACCUGCAUCUCCGAGCAAGCUUAUAACACCUGUGGGAUCAUCUCCAUCCUGGGGAAUUAGUCCAUCUCGUGUCAGAAAUGCUGUUAGCACCAUUACUAAUAAUUUCAACGAGACCCCAUCAGUUCUUAGUUUUUCUGUUGAUGUUCGGAGAGGGAAAGUAGGUGAAAACAAUAUUGCUGAUGCACACUUUUUGAGGCUUCUGUAUAAUCGGCACCUCCAGUGGCGUUUUGCCAAUGCUAGGACUGAAGUGAUCUUGCUGGUGCAGAGACACAAUGCAGAGAAAAAUCUAUGGAAUGCAUGGAUAACAAUCUCAGAUCUACGUGAUACUGUCACCAGAAAAAGACACCGACUGCAGUUGCUUAGACAAAAGUUGAAGCUAGCCUCCAUUCUCAAGGGACAAAUGAUGUUUUUAGAAGAUUGGGGUUCUCUGGGUAAAGAUCACUCCAUCUCUUUGCUUGGAGCUACUGAAGCUUUGAAAGCUAGCACUCUUCGGCUUCCAGUGGUUGGAGGAGCAACUGCUGACAUCCAGAGCUUGAAGGAUGCUAUUUGUUCAGCAGUUGAUGUUAUGCAGGCCAUGACAUCAUCAAUUUGUUCACUUCUACCAACGGUCGAAGAAGUGAAUUCUUUGACUGCAGAACUUGCCAAAGUUACGGCAAAAGAGCGGAUUUUGCUUGAACGAUGCACAGAUCUUAUAUCCAUGUUAGCAGCCAUGCAGGUCAAAGACAGUAGUCUGAGAACAAUGAAGGCUGCAACGAAGGUGAUGAAAAAUGUACCGGAUAACGAGUCUUGGAUGAUCAUUUUGGCAUUCUGUAACACAUUGAUGUCUCAGUCCUGUACUCCGGAUAUUGAAUAG